CAUCCUGAUAUAUCGAUUAGAAAAGCCGAAGGAAUUUCUAUUAACCGAGCGACUGGAAUGAACUGUCUGUCUGUGAAACACUAUUUUACCCUUUUAGAAAAUGUUCUCACUGUUCCCACUUGUUCCCAAAACUAACGCAAAAGCAGUAGUUAAAACACGAGGUAGGCAGCUUGCAACUAUUUUAAACAGUUCACAACGAAUUGAGAUUCUGAAGGAUAAAAAGAAAACAAAGAAGAAAAACAAAUGUCCAAUUCAGAAAAAAACUGUGGUUAAACAGAAAAGAACAUUAGAAGAUUCAGAUUCGGAGAGCGAAAGUCCAGUAUUGCAGGAGAGUGAUACAUCAGCAGAUGAAUGCGACGAAAGCGAAUGCGUAAUGCUUCAACAGUUAAAAAAACGUGUACCUCAGAAACCAAAAUAUUUACAAUAUGUUUUCCAAAAUGUGGUCGAUCUCUCCCGGACUUACCCUAUGGAAGAUCAGGGUGAAAUUACUAACCAGAUCCUUAACAUCCUACAAGAAAUAAGAAGUGAUCUUAAAGAGGUGAAGGAAUCUCUAGCCACACAGAGGAAUAGGAUAGACGACAUAGACUCUAGAAUAAAGGACCUGGAAACAGAAAACGCUGAUUUGAAGCAACAGGUUGUUGUUCUUCGAAGAAAGGAACUGAAUAAUAACAUAAUAUUAUUCGGACUUGAGGAAACACAGAACGAAGAUUUGCUAAAGGACAUAAUAGCAUUCUUGCAUUCAAAUCUUGCAGCUACGAUCACUGAGUCAGACAUUAAUAACAUCUAUCGAAUUGGAAUAGCAAACAGUAACACACCUCGGCCAGUCAAGUUAGAAUUAAAAAUGUUCUCACUGUUCCCACUUGUUCCCAAAACUAACGCAAAAGCAGUAGUUAAAACACGAGGUAGGCAGCUUGCAACUAUUUUAAACAGUUCACAACGAAUUGAGAUUCUGAAGGAUAAAAAGAAAACAAAGAAGAAAAACAAAUGUCCAAUUCAGAAAAAAACUGUGGUUAAACAGAAAAGAACAUUAGAAGAUUCAGAUUCGGAGAGCGAAAGUCCAGUAUUGCAGGAGAGUGAUACAUCAGCAGAUGAAUGCGACGAAAGCGAAUGCGUAAUGCUUCAACAGUUAAAAAAACGUGUACCUCAGAAACCAAAAUAUUUACAAUAUGUUUUCCAAAAUGUGGUCGAUCUCUCCCGGACUUACCCUAUGGAAGAUCAGGGUGAAAUUACUAACCAGAUCCUUAACAUCCUACAAGAAAUAAGAAGUGAUCUUAAAGAGGUGAAGGAAUCUCUAGCCACACAGAGGAAUAGGAUAGACGACAUAGACUCUAGAAUAAAGGACCUGGAAACAGAAAACGCUGAUUUGAAGCAACAGGUUGUUGUUCUUCGAAGAAAGGAACUGAAUAAUAACAUAAUAUUAUUCGGACUUGAGGAAACACAGAACGAAGAUUUGCUAAAGGACAUAAUAGCAUUCUUGCAUUCAAAUCUUGCAGCUACGAUCACUGAGUCAGACAUUAAUAACAUCUAUCGAAUUGGAAUAGCAAACAGUAACACACCUCGGCCAGUCAAGUUAGAAUUAGUUAGGAACAUCGUCAAACAAAAAAUAAUAAAGAGCGCAUAUAAACUUAAAGGCACAAAUAUAGCCAUUGCGGCGGAUUUGAUACCUGAGGAUAAUCAGUUGCAAAAAAUUCUACUUAAUGGUGUUGCUUACAGUGCCGAGGAAUUAGAACUGGAAGAAGAUAUUUCGGAACAAGAAGAAGAGGCAAAGACCGCAGAAACGCAAGAGACACCUCCACAUGACAAAAAAGCAACUCUAGAGAAAUCCGUGGAACCGAAACAAUCAUCUACUACGGCUACUGCGAUAGUCUCCACAAGGUCGAAGCGACUGGAAAAUAAGGUACAAGAUCAUAAAACCAAGCUGUUGUAUGAUUUCCUUGAGGCAUAUAAUUUGACACAGCUUAUUGAAUCUCCUACUAGAAUAACCAAAUCUACGAGUACAUUGAUAGAUUUGCUCAUAGUAGGUGAUCCGGAUGACUUCACUUCUGUCGAUACACUUGAUGUUGUUAGGUUAACAUAA